AUGUUCUUCUCCCAAACAGUACCAUCAGUGCGGUAUGCUGCCAUUGCUCUGGGCUUGAUCUACCGAAACUACCUGGAACGCAAUUCUAGCGACCAAUUGCACCAACGGCGACCCCUGCAUAACUUGCCACCGGAUAAGUCUCCCUUGUUUUACUAUAAUCGGUCCAUUCAAUCUCUUCUGAAUCGAGAAAUUGGUGACAGCACCGAAACAACAGCCAUUACCCUCUUGGUCUGCUAUCUCUUCACUUGCUUUGAUCAUCUGGCAGGCAAUUACGUACAAGCAAUGAAGCACCUACGUGGAGGCGUGGAGCUCUCACGAAAAUUCGAUAAGACUAUACUGGACAACACAUAUGACAAUGCAAACUCCUCAGAGGUUCGCGCGCUUAUCUACCAGGUCACAAAACAGAUCCACCGUCUCGAUAUGCAGGCUGUAGUCUUUCUGGUUGACUGGACUCCCGCCGGUAUCCAAGAGACACUUUGGCCCCAACUGCCACCCUCCGACAGCGCCUUUCGGUCUCUUGACCAAGCCGCCGACUACCUCCAGAUCAUCGUCGCCCGGGUAAUGAGACUGCACAACAUGGAGCAGCAAAUGUCCUCGGCGGAGAGGAUUCAAACGUCACCUUCGUCGUUUAGGGCUACCGUUCUCCAGCAGUUGGAAACGUGGUCGAGUCUCUUCGGAAACGCGCUGCAACAAGGCAGGUCAGGUCCUAAGUCUUACCCACUCAUAUCACUGCUACGCCUACAAUAUACUAUCGCAUGGACGUUGCUCAGUGCUUACGGACCUGGGAGAGAAAUGGAAUAUGACAACUUCCUGCCCCAAUUCCAGCAAUGCCUGGUCUUGGCGGACGAUGUAGCGGCGGCGCAUGAGCGGUAUUCGGGGUCGUUAACGCCGACUUUCACGCCGGAGAUCGGGAUCAUACCCGUGUUGUACAUAAUCGGGGUCAAAUGCCGGCAUCCUAUGGUCCGACGCGAGGUCUUGAGUAUCUUGCGACGGCAACCGAUACGGGAGGCGGUUUGGGAUAGCAUUUCUGCUGCCAGGCUGGUUGACCGGGUAAUCGAGAUUGAAGAGGGCGGGUCUAGCAAGAUGGAAAUAGUAAAGAACAUGGCACAGAUUCCCGUGUGGCAGAGGAUCGAAGCUAUGUCUUGGGUACAGUCUGUGGCGAGGGUGGAUAUCAGCUAUACGUUCUGCACGCGGGAUGGAAUGCAUUACGAGUCUCUUAUGAUCUAA